UGACUUCACGUCAAUUGCUGUAAAGUUUAUUUUUGGUUUAAAUGUCUGUAGAAGUAAUUGUAGGAAUUUUAUUUUUAUUAUUAAAGGACACGUCAGAAUUUAGAUAAAGAUUUGUUAUUAUUGAGAAUUAAAGUUACCUAGGGUAUCUUAACAAAUCGAACAUUACGACAUACCAUUUCAGGAAAUGUAAAUAAUAUCAAUAAUAACAUCAAGCAAUGGAUAUCCCUUACAAAAAGAUUUUGAUAUAUAUUUUAACCUUCGUUGCCUACGCUUACACAGGAGUGGGAUCGAAUAUAUUGCGAAAUUUAAAAGAUGCAGUUUUAUCAGCCGAAUCUGUGUUCGGGGACAUGUUUCGUAAUGUUAUAACAGUGGCCGAGAAAUUUCGUUCUUUGCACGAUGUGUUUGAUGCCGCGGUUGAGGAGGAUUGUAUAUUCACUUGUCCUGGUGGACAGAAGCCAGUUCGUAAUAGAAAUCACAUACCUAAAUCUGAUGGAUGUGGUUCCUUAGGAUUUGAUAUAUCUACAGAAUAUUUACCAAUUGAGGAGAUGACAAAAUGUUGUGAUGCACAUGACAUAUGUUACGACACUUGUAACAGUGGUAAAGAAAUAUGUGAUUUGGAAUUCAAGAGGUGCUUAUAUAAUUACUGUGAAACAUACAAAUCUGUAAAUAUCGGAGGAGAGACUAUAUCAAAAGGUUGUAAAGGUGCAGCUAAAUUAUUAUUCACAGGUACUCUUACUCUUGGCUGUAAAUCAUAUUUGGAUGCUCAAAAGAAUGCAUGCUACUGUCCACCAACAAAAAACAAGUAUAAAAAAUAUACAACUGGUGAUGGAGAGCUUUAAACUUAAUUGUAUUGGUUUCAACUGCUACUUAAACAUAUAUCAUCACUCUUAAAAUCUCAGCAUUACCUGCAAAAAUUCAUCCCUAGAUUGAGAGUUAAUCACUUAAGCCAGUUACACACAAACUAAUGUCCUUUGUUGGUCUGUUAAUUUAAAACUAAAGGGGCAUAGAUGGCUUUAUGUAAUAUUUGCUGUUUUCCUUGAAUAAGUUGAUAUAAAAUUUUACUUGUACAAAUAGCAGUGGAAAUCAACAGUAAAUUGUAUGGCAACUUGCGUAGUAUUAAGUUACUUGUGAUGCUCUCAUAAUUGUUUUGU